UGCCUGCGACGCGCUGAGUGCGGAGCGAGGAGACGCGCUGCAUACCAACAGAGACAUACGGAGAAGGCUAAUUUUUGGCCAGGACGCACACAGACCCCAUCCCGCUCUGUGCCAAAAACAAAUUUAUAUCUGGUCAUUGGACAGUUUACAUUUUAACCUUUCUUCUCAUGCAUUUUCUGAAAUAUUUUUUCUGUCCUUCAGUGAACUAAAAAGCCAAUCAAGUGUCUGGGAUAUUUGUUCUUUCUGCUGUAUUUUUUUUUCUGGUUGAGGGAUUCUGCUCCGAAGAAGAUAAACAGCCCUACCCACCCCUCUCUCUCCAACGGGAGUCACCAAAAGGAAAAGUCAAGACUGAUGUUUUCAUCCACUCACAUGUAGAAGCGUUUGGACUAUUACUGUUGACACUCGUUCACUGGGUCUUUGUUUUAAUAUAUAUAUAUUUAUAUAUAUUUAAUCAGAUUUCCCGCAACUGCACCCUAAGGGAGGAAUACCGAGACAUUUGGCUGCAAAAAAGGGAAAAAAAAAAAACAAGCAUAAAAUCAAUCAGAACUCCAUCAUGGGCUGCCCCCUCUUGCGGAACGUGUUUGCUGCUCUGAUUCUGGUUCUGCUGUCUAAAGGGUCCAGCGUGCACGGAGCAGAAUUCGGGCACCUGCCGGACAACAUUACAGUGCUGGAAGGCGAAAGCGUUACUUUGAGAUGCCGUAUUGACGAGGAGGUGACCCACAAGGCCUGGCUGAACCGCUCUAAUAUCCUUUUCACGGGGACAGAUAAGUGGUCUCUGGAUAGGCGUGUGACGCUGGUCAAUAGCAACAACAGCGACUUCUCCAUUCAUAUUGACAAGGUGCAAGUAACCGACGAGGGGCCCUACACCUGCACCUUCCAGGCCAAUAACAAGCCGCGCAUCGUUCAUGUCUACCUCAUUGUUCAAGUGCCAGCCAGAAUCGUCAACAUCUCAAAAAAUGUGUCAGUGAACGAGGGAGAGAAUGUAAACCUCUAUUGUCUGGCAGUCGGCCGGCCUGAGCCCACUGUCACCUGGAAAGAACAGAAAUAUGGGACAUUGCGUGAGGGGGAGUUCCUGGAGAUCACAGAGAUCACAAGGCAGCAGGCGCAGGACUACGAAUGUAUCACCAACAAUGGUGUGGCCCCUCCAGACCAGCGUAAGGUCAUAGUCACAGUCAACUACCCUCCCAUGAUCACAGACAUGAAAAACAUGCCAGCCCAUUUGGGGAAGACAGCCAUCUUGCGCUGUGAAGCCAUGGCAGUCCCGCCGGCCUCCUUUGAGUGGUACAGGGAUGAUCAUAGGCCGGUAGAGAGUGACAACACCCUAAGGAUCAAAAAUGAGAAGACACGCUCGCUGUUGCUAUUCACCAAUGUGACAGAGAAACAUUUUGGCAACUACACCUGCUUUGCCUCAAACCGUCUGGGGGCUUCCAACGCCAGUAUGCUGCUGUUUAGACCGGGGGCCCUACAGGGGCGAGGGACCGGUUUACACGCAGGGAUAAGUGUCAUCGUGUGUGUUUGGGUUUCCCUCUCUGCUGCUCUUCUGCUGAAGGUGUAAUGAUCAAACUCCACCUGGAAACGUCCCUGAGCACCCCACCUCUCCCUCCCCGCCCUCUCUCCCACUCAACGGAAGGAAAACGGAAAUGAAAUUCUUUAAUUGCGAACCCAUCACUGUGAACAAAAAGAAUAUGCAUUAUUCCAGGAGCCAUUGAAUCAUUGCAUCAAACACAAAACUCCCCCCAUCACCUCACCCCACCCGCCCAAUCCCCCACCCCCACCCAGCGCCCUCAAUUGAAUUUUAAGGUCAGCUCACACUCAUUAUCUCUUUCUCUCACUCUUUCCCUCACACACGUACAGUCUUUCCUUUUGUUUCCCAGAAUGCCUUGCAGAUUUCUCUGACUUGGUACUUAGCCUCUUUGUUUUUCCCAUUAUUACCACUGGGCUGAUGUUAAUAGAGAGUGUAUAUUAAAGAUAAUUGUGUUAGUGAUCAACAACAAAAUAGAUUAUCUAACAAGCGGAAGAUCAUUUAUGUAAUAUAUUACAUAGACUAUUGACUGACCUACAAUGUUUGCCUUAUGGAAAUUAUACGUGAAAUCACAAUGUUACGGUGGAUAUUUAAUGAAAUUAUAUGAUGAUAAUGAUGCAUUAUGAUAUGGCACUGGCGGUCAUGUGCCCUUUUUAAAAAUUGUCCAGUUGGUGGCUGUGUGAAUUGUCACCCUUUGAUCUCACACCUUACAUACUCACACACACAUACGUAUGUUUUUUUGAUUUUUAACUGUGUAGCAGAAAAACUGCUAUGAAUGAUGUCAAAAUGUAUUUUAAAAAAACGGCUGGGUGGUGAUGGCGUCAGUCUUAACUACCCCUCUAUGUAAUUUGGGGAGUUUAUAUUAAGGUUUCGCAUGUAGACUCGCUCACUACCCAAACCUUUUUAGCUACCCGACUACCCCUCUGUUCAGCGUGCUCUGUCUAGUCCCCCCUCGCAUCGCUGUAGUGUUCUCUGCUCUAUGUCUCCUCCUCCCUCCCUCCCUCCCUACGCUUCCCACCCAGUGUAAAUAUAUGCAGUACAGAGGCCAUGCUGGCGACUUCAAGUUGCCUCCCAGAAGCCUCGACUACGCUCUAGUGUUCUGAAGCAGCAAGAGACUGUCCACUGACAACAAUAUCUUCUGUUUCAAAAGCUGAGGCUCCAUCCUCUUUGUCGCUUGUUGAUAGCAUGUACCGGUUAGAGAUGUUCCUGUUGUGAGUCCAUACUCCCUCUACACUCCCUUCCUUCCCCCCCUCCUCCCCUUCCUCUCCCUCCUUCCCUGCACUGUGUCUGUUUUUCUCUGCAAGGUUACCUGCUUUUACUUUUUUGGUGUUAAUAAUACUACAGAUGAUGACGAUGAUGAUGUUAAUAAGUAUUUGAAUAACUAUGAAUAGUAAUUCCAUGUGAGAAAAAAAAACGAACAAAAUCUGAUGGUAAAGAGUCGUGCGUGGGGAAAAAAAGAGUUCUUUUGUACUUUACUCACACACAUUGAACAAGUACAACGAAAAAACAAAACUACAAAAAAAAAGGUGUAAAGUUUUCAAAGUGACGUGCUCUAUUUUACCAUGACAAGCUUUUUAAAGACACAUUUGAAACACUCUGAGGGAUCAUUUCAACCAGCUCCAGAAGCUAUGAAUGAUAAUGUAAUUUAUAAUUUGUAACAGUUUAUGUAUUUGACUCUUUUUGUCAUGCUGUUAGCUGCAUCUCACACACACAUUUACUGCACAUCCCUCCACUUAUCAUAGUGUGUCUUUCUCUGUUUUGACCAGCUAGAUAAAUGUCAUCCUCUGGUCAUGGCUGUAAGUCAUUCCUAGUUCUGCCAGACCGCACUGAGAUAAAGAUGUAAUUAGCCAUUACCUGUGGCUGGCUAAGUGAAGGAGUCCGGGCUCCACCUGUCCUUCCUGCCACCCAGUUAUGGCCCCUAUAAAUCAAGCUCAGCCCUGCAACUGACAGGAAUCCUCUUCAAGGACAACCUCACCUUGGUGCACCAGUACUCCAUCCACUGUGUACCUGUGACAUGCAGGCACGGGCACUACCAAGCCCCCAUGGCACAAUUAUCCAGCCACUUCCCCCACACGGCACAAACAGUGGGAGGAAGGCAUAUAUUUCAAUAUGGCAGAGCCCUUUUCUCUCCUAAAGCACUGUUCCACUCACAUGCAGAGACUAUAUGCAAAUUUGCCAUAACGAGCCUGAACAUCUCCCUGGCUGAGCCCUGACUACACCGACAUGAAAGAGGAAUUACUCGAUAUUGAAUCAAAUGUCUGAAUGUGUGUGUGUUUUUUUCUUUUAUUUAUUUGUUAUUUUACUCAAAUUUUUGGUUCAAGCCAGCAAUAACCCCUAAUUCUACUGUGCAAGAGAUGUCAGUCAUGGUUAAAGCUGUGGUGUAAUAUCUGAAAAUCUGCCAUUAACAAGGUAAAUCAAAUAAGUCUGUUGUUGUACUUUUAUUGUGUACAGUACUCUGAAAUGAUUGUGAAGCUCUGUUUAAAUGGCCCUUAUUCUAAAACAUUACAAUACAUGUUGUUCUCAAAAGUCUUGCCCGCUGCAAUGUAUUUGGGUCGUCUGCGUGACAAAACGCCCGUUGUGCAUGCAUCUUGUUGCUUCAUAAACAACGACGGGUUCCAUUUCAAGCACAAGAGCAGGUCAUUUGGUCAGUGUUUCUUAUUUUUUCCUGUCUCCUGUCACUAUCUACAUGCCUCUUAUGCUUUUGUUUUUAGUUUUAUCACUUACCGUUUUUUUUGUUCCAUGUAAGCGUUCCGCUGGAUUUUUCAGUGGCGUAUAACAUCUCUAUGUACAUAAUCUGUCCUUGAUGAAGAAAAAAGAAAAACAAAAAAAAAAAAAAAGAAACAGAAGAAAAAAAAAAA